AAGGGGAGGAGAAUGGGGAGUUUAGCUCAUUCUGAGCUGGAUGUGGAUUGCAUUAUCCGUCUAUACGUCCAGGGUGACACAAUCCUAGGCUGGGAUACACAACUAGUGGCAAAUGUGCCUGCAGAAUGGACCCUGAUCCCUACUGAAUGUCAGGAGACGUAAAGAGUUAUCUCUGAAGCCCCCGCCCAGAAGUGCUAUAGCCAAGAUCAGGAAGAAGUAGGGGGGGGGGGAAAGAGAAAAAAAAAGGGAUAUAGUAGGUGCCUCUGUUGGUUGAUAUACAACACCCUCUGAAAAGGACACAAGGCAAGGCUUGGGGAUAAGCUCUUGUUAUCUGAAAAAGCCUCAUUGGAGUGGACAGAAUUGGAAUCCCCCCCCACCUUUUAGUGAUCUGCUUGUUUUAUCCUUGGAUUACAAAACAAAAAAAAAAAGGAUCGGGGGAUUUAAGAUUAAAGGGAAAAGAAACUAUCAUUCAGCAACAUUGUAACAUUCAGCUGCAUUAGUGAAGAUUUCAUCUCAAGAUGCCUAUCCUCAAGCAGUCCAGCAACUCAAAAAAGCGAACACGCAUUGAUCGGGAGAUGAUCAGUGCCCCACUGGGGGAUUUUAGACACACCAUGCAUGUUGGAAGAGGAGGUGAUGUGUUUGGGGAUACCUCUUUUCUCAGUAACCAUGGUCCUGCCCCAGCCCCACCAGUGGAAGUGCCAAAGAAAAAUGGUCUUGUGAAAAUGGCAGGAGACCAUGAAGAAAACAAAAUGGCAGAUUCAUUAAGCCAGCUCUCGCAGUCCUCGGGAAUUGGUUCUGGGGCAGGAAGUGUCUCUUCAAGCCCUGUCAAUAAUGUAUCCACUAAAGAAGAUCGCUUGUGGAAUACCCGCAACACAGGUGGAAAUUCGGAUCAGUUUGACUGGAUUUCAUCUGGGGACUGUGGCUUGAAACAUGCAGAAUCCAUGUUAUCCUUCCAUCUUGAUUUGGGCCCAUCUAUUAUGGAUGAUGUAUUAGGUGUAAUGAAUAAAGAUCCUCCGACCUCUGAAUGGAACAGUCCAGAUGACCAGACAGAUUAUGAUUAUAAAUUUGUUUCUGUCCAUGCCACAGGCGGUGAUAAAUACACACAAUCCUCCUCACUUACAGAGCCAAUCGGAAACCAUUAUAGUCUAUCCAGCACACUGCCAAUGACAAAUGCUGAUUUCGAAAAUGUCCCUGUUACCACCCCAGACCAUCCAGAAGGAAACAGAUCAGUGUAUGAAGAAGACAGCGAAGAAGAAAAGCGUUCUGUCUAUGAAGGUAUCGCAGAUAGUCCAGCACAACAAGAUGAUAGUCUACACAUCAGUCACCGUGCACAGAUAGAGGAAGAGGAGGAUGACGAUGAUGAUGAUGAUGAUGAUGAUGAUGAUGAUGAUGAAGAAGGUCAAGGCUACACAUUUGAUGAUGACCUUGAUGAUGAGAUUGGAGUAUAGGAAUAAAAAAUACAGUAAAUAAACUUUCUGGUAUUCUCACGUACAUGUUUCAUGACCUUCAAACGGUUAAUGGGUCAAUAAAUGGUAUAAACAUUAUAUGGUGGGCUUUCUCGAAGAAGAAUGAAAGGAAAGAAAAUACUUUUUUAGGUUAUUAAACUAUUCAAAAAUGGAUAUACUUUUUACAGUGGCAAUGUUAUACAUUUGACUUGUUCCUAUACUUCUAAGAAUCUAGGAAUUGUACCUUGGACUUCAAGAGCAUGUGACUUAAUUUUAGUUGGACACUCUGGAGGGGGGAGUUAUUAAAAAAGGACUUUGUAUAUGUUUUCAGCUAUGACUGCUCAAAGGAAGUGGAAUUAUCCAUUGGUCUAUGUCCUUGUUAUAUUAAAGGGUAAUUUAUAGCCUUAAUACGGUUGAAGAUGGGUAUAUUUAGAAUGGUCCUGGCACCAGGUAAAAAACUGUACGCAGAGGUAGAAAGGGUAGACCUUAAUGUUGCACUGGUGUCCAACACAUUAGCUGGUUCUACUGGUGUCGUGCUACAUACCCAAAAUGUAAAGAAAAGCAACUGGGUUACGUAUUUGCACUCUUGUAGCUUACGUACUUGUGUAUCUUAUCUAUUUUUUUUUUUUUUUUGUUCAUAUACCCUUAUCUAUACAUUUUUGACCAUGGAAAUACUAUUUUUAAGAAUGGGAAAAAAAAAUAUUGAUCUUUUAAGUACAUGCAACACUAAAAGACUGAAGAAAAUGCCUUUUGCCUGUUAUUCCGCAUGUUUCUUAUUUGCUCCGCUUUCUAUAAACAUGCUGCCAAAAUAUUUUUUCACAUAAAGAGAAAGGGCUGUAAACUAAUAUCUCGCAGAUAAUUUUUCAUCUAUUUGUGCUAUGUUUUUCUCGGUGGCUGCGUGUCCCAUUGGGGUCAAACAAACAGAUUUUUUUUUUUGAUUUAUAUUUUUCUCUUUCUGUUCCACAGGAAUUGACUACAAAGUAUUUUCCUUUCAGUACAAUAGAGCUUUAUCUCCUGUGUUAAUGCAUAUGACUUAACUUUAAAUGGGGGGAGGGGAGAAACUUAACACAAUAGUGAACUGACAGCUUGCAGAUGUCUCUAGGAAUUUAGUGGUAUAAAUGUGCCAUGGUCAAGAUUAUUUUGCACACUACAGGUGUUUCACAUAAUUUGCACUCUCUCACUCUAAAAUAAAUGUCAUUUUUUUUUCUAAUGUCAACAGAAAUCUGGUGAAAUUUACCUUCCACAGCCCGCCUUAACACUAUGUCUAAAUAAGCCGCAAUUUUGGUUUCUUUAUUUUAUGCAUCUUUUUUCAGCCUGUGUAUAGUACAAAAAAAAAAGCUUCACAAAAUGUAUUUCAUAUGAUAUAAUUUUUUAUAAAUAUUUUUUCUGCAAUAAAAUA